AUGAGUUUCGGAAAACUUUACUACUACCCGAAGGCGCCUCGCGCCACACAAUGUCUUUACAUCGCAGAGUACAACAAUCAUGAUUCUGAGGCGAGUGCUAACGAGGUGGACGCCAGGCUCGAUGUCGAUUUUGUCGAGGCGUGGCCCAUUAAGGUUGAUGCCAGCAAGGGUGGCGUUGGAGCAGACUACCUCUCAAAAUUCCCCCCUGGAAAGGUUCCAGCGCUCGAGCGUCCUAACGGUUUCACGCUAUACGAAUGCAUCCCAGUUUCCAUUUACCGACCCAAAUACCAAGCUCCUCGGCACAACUCUCGAGGAAGAGGCAACCAUAUUGAAGUGGGCAUCAUUCGCCAACAGCGAGCUUCUGCCCCCAUCAUGGCAUGGAUCAAUCCCGUUAUCGGAAAGGGGCCUUCAUCACCCGAAAUCCUCGCUGCGGCAGAGAAGAGCAGCGAAGGUAUGGUCAGCGUGGUGGAGAAGGCUUUGACGGGCAAGAAGUUUCUAGUUGGAGACGAGCUCACGAUAGCCGAUUUGUUCGUGAUUGCUGCCAUUGCUCGAGGAUACCAAUUUGUGUUUGCCAAGGAGUGGACUGAGAAGCACCCGGCCAUUCAUGACUGGUACUGGCGAAUCAAGAGCGACGAAAUUUGGAAAAAGAUUGACGGCGAACCCUAUGUGUUGGACGUGGUGGGAGGAAAGCCAAUCUGA